UUCACCAGUGCUUCAAUGUACAUGUGGGUGAGCGGAUGAUAACAAAUUUAUAGACCCUCAAAGCUCCCCCACAUGACAUCUGUAUGAUUUGAAACUGUCUUUAGUAACAGUUCUUUCAUUAUCAUCUUAUUUAAAAAGCACGGUAUAGUCUUGCAGCUCCUUUUAUUUGCAUGCAUGAUAGCAGUGCAGACAGUCACCUAACAGGCUUCCAUACUUCUUCAAAGAGUGACACUUGUGUGAGCCUGUCGGGAGCGGGUUGGCUGCGUUUGAGCUGCAAAUAGCUUGCGGGCUGCCACGGAUCUGCACCGCAUCCGGAUCGCACCUCUAUCAGCAACAACAGGAGAGUCCCUGCACGCACGCGUCCCAUCCCGAGCGCACAUUCCUUCACACGCAGCCCUGCAGGAGGGCGUGCACGCCGUGGCUCGGACCGCACACACCAGCAGAGACCGCCGCUACUGUGCUGUUCACCCAGCAGGAGGGACUCACCAUGGCCUCAGCACUGAAUUGCACACCUUUUAUGUUGAGUUUUAUUUAUUGUUCGUUACUUAUCGGUAGUAUUUACUGCGACGCCGAGGCAGAGGAGGAUGAGCACGCCAAGCACACAUACACGGUGGAGAUGUUCAACGAUGCAGUGCCCACCGCACCCCACUUUGUCAUGUUUUACGCUCCGUGGUGCGGCCAUUGCCAGAGGCUACAGCCAGCAUGGAAUGAGCUGGCGGACAAAUACAACAGCAUGGACAAGCCCCCGGUGUAUGUGGUAAAGGUUGACUGUGUCCAGGACACCAAGUUCUGCUCCAAUGUGCACGGGGUCAGGGGCUACCCAACGCUGAAGCUGUUUAAGCCAGACCAGGAGGCAGUGAAGUACCAGGGCCCCAGGGAUCUACAGUCUCUGGAGACCUGGAUGCUCAAGACGCUCCAGGACGAGCCAGCGGAACCAGAGAGUGAGCUGGAGCCUCCCAAAGUCCCAGAGCCCAAACAGGGCAUGUAUGAACUCACUGCUCUCAACUUCAAGACCCACAUUGCCAAAGGUGCCCAUUUUGUUAAGUUCUUUGCCCCUUGGUGUGGACACUGCAAGGCCAUGGCCCCAACAUGGGAGCAGCUGGCCACCACCUUCGAACACUCGGAUGAUGUCAAGAUAGGAAAGGUGGACUGUACCCAGCACUACGAAGUGUGUUCUGAGAACUCCGUGCGGGGAUAUCCCACACUGCUCUUCUUCUACAAUGGAAAGAAGACAGAGCAGUACAGAGGGAAAAGAGACCUGGACUCAUUCAAAGACUUUGUGGAUAGCCAGGUGAAGGCUGCAACUGAGGCUGAGGAGGCCACGCCUGAGGACCCAGCAGCAAAUGAGAUCCCAACCGAAGAUCCAGCCAAAGAGGAGGAGGAGGAGUCCAGUGUGUUGGUCCUGACAGAGAGCAACUUCGAUGAGAAAGUAGCCAAGGGCCUGACCUUUAUCAAAUUCUACGCUCCAUGGUGUGGCCACUGUAAGAACCUUGCCCCAACAUGGGAGGACCUUUCCAAGAAAGAGUUUCCUGGCCUCACUGACGUCAAGAUCGCCAAAGUGGACUGCACUGUGGAGCGCACACUCUGCAACAGGUUCUCCGUGCGAGGUUACCCAACCUUAAUUGUCUUCAGGGCAGGCGAGCAGGGUGACGAGCACCACGGUGGGCGGGAUCUGGAGAGUCUGCACUCCUUUGUGAUGAGGCAGGCGAGAGACGAACUGUAGGACGGUCCAAUCAGCACUCACUUCCGACCACGCUGCCCCACCCCCACUGCAUAUCUGGCCAGUAGGACUCCUUUCUCUCCUGCAGUGGCCAAACCUCUCUCUCUCUCUCUCUCUCUCUCUCUCUCUCUCUCUCUCUCCCUCCCUCUUUCUCUUUUUCUACACUCAGUUUCUCUUCAGAAAAGGAGUCAGCCAUUGACCAACUACUUAAGUCGUUCUCUCUCCUCGGGCUGAGAACGAGGACAGUGGGAUUCAGUUGUGCGUUUGGGAUGUGAGUGCGUUUCGCUGCUGUAGCCCAACCUUACCUGUUCUGGAGAAUAAGAUAAUUGGUUGGUUCUGCAAAUGAUUAAGUCUGACAACCACUUUGCACGUUCUAAUUCCUGGUGCAAAUCAAAAUAUACAUUAUUUAUCAUAAGGGUAGCACUGAAGGACAGUUAAACAAAAUCAUAACUGUCUCUGACCCAAUUUCUGUAGCCAUUUGAAAACUUUUUAAAUGGAAAAUUUUAUACAUGGGAUCUGUUGUUGAAUAAUGAGCCAUUAAUGUAACAGUAUUGUCACUCAUAAGGUUUGCUACGUUGUCCCAUCGUGAGGUUGAGUGUUAAGUUGAAGGUACUUUUUAUCCAUGCCAGUGAUGGCCUAACUGACUUAACUCUCAGGGAAACACCCAUGCAUACUGGGAGGAGUGCUGAUGGAGGAGUUAUUGUUGUCACUGGAGUCAGACAUAUGACCUUUUGCUACUACCUUUGCCCCCAUCUCUGGCUCCUGUGAUUACAUCCAACCAUCCUUGUUCACCAUGUCUCCCAGUAUACAGUCUCAGGCCUGCACCAUGCUGCCCCAUAUCUUCAUUACUGACUAUAUUUGGAGCAACUGCUGCUUCUGGUUUUUACUUCAUUUAGGAAUCCCCACCAGAUGCAGCUCAACCAUCUGGAUGAGCUGCACCCUCAUUUGAAAGUUUUCCUCAAAACUGCACUUUUGUGUGUGUUGUUCUUUGUGAUAAAGUUAAAUGAACGUAAAAGUGUGAAUGUAAAGUUGUUUUGGCUGUGUAGGGGAAGCGGAGAGGACAGUUUGGUCAGCGGGAGUCAGCACUGAGAGUGACAUGCAUGCAGUGCAGGCCUGAGAUGUCGCACAUGAGAAACUGCACUUUUCACAGUGAGGUACUCAACCAUGAUUUGCAGGUCCAUGAUUUCAACAUCCUGAUUAUCUUAGGAAUCAGGAGGGCGCUGAAAGGGAGGUUGCUUUAAUGAUUAUACAAUUUCCUCAAGUUGAAAGUGGGAAAAAAAUCAAACCCCAGCUCAGUGUUAGGUGGGCAAACCAGCAUCAUCAACUCUCAGACUGUGAUUGUGACUACUGUUGCCUUUCCUGUUUGAACCUGGAUGUUUAAAAAUGGUGACCUUGUGGAUUGAUGAUAUUUGGUCCUGGUCCUAGCCAGUAUUUCUGGAUGUGGAUUGAAUGGAUUGAAUAGAUGGGAAAACAAGGCCAAACAUGACCCACGACACAAGCAAGAUACUUCAGAAAAAAUUCUAUACAGACGCAUCCAUUGAUACGCCUAUGCAAAUACAUGAUGAUUUUGUCACCCCCUUUAUUUGAAACCCGUCUUUUUUUUUGACACCCCACUGAGAAACGUGACUAGAAUGCAAGACCAAAACUCACCAACCAGUUUUACAAUACCACUUGGGUUAUAAAGAAUGAAUAAAUUCAAGAUUGUUCAGACAACCAGUACCAAAAUUGACCAACGUUUGUCAGGUGACUGGUGCUAGUGUCCUCACCCUGUGUGUAGCCUUGGUCCAUCUCAUAAAUUUGAGCAUUCUGAUCAUGGUCAUGAAUAUCAAAAAUACAAAUCCUCAUACAGAAGAUUGAUAGGUGUGUUCUGAUGGAGUGGAGUGGAGAGAAAAUGUCAUCAAUCCAGGACUAAUAGUAUUUGCAGUUUUGACAAUCACAGCAAAGUAUUUUGAAAAUUAGUUUAUCAUGCUUUUCUGUGAUCGACCACUGGCGCCAUGAAUGAACACCCAACUGUGAUGACGUGUCCACUGAAAUCCUAACAGUUACUUGCAAAUGCUGUUUGAAUCAAAUGAGGUCUGUUAAAGUCUAGUGGAGGAAGCAGGGUAGCCUUCAGCUCUCAGAGAAAGGUGUGUGAACAGUCACAGACAAAGCUUUUUUUUUUUUUUUUGUCAGUUAAAGUUUUUAUGGAUAGCACAUGGUCAAGGCAACUCCAGUGACAAAGCAAUUUUUUUUCUUGUGUCAUGGGUUGUACACUCCCCAUGAAUUUUGUACAAAAAAAAGAGAGAAUAAUGGCAACUUGUAACAUGAGAUUUCGUAAUAAAAAUUUCUUUUUCCAAAAAUAA